CACAACUAUUACUCUUUGGCCCCGCCCCUAAGGACGCAUGCGUUGCGUGGAGGACAUGCGGGUUGCAGCAAAGUCCUCCUUUACUCCACACACGCUUCUAAGCCUCGGCACAUCUACUAACUACACUUUAUUCAUCCUCCGUGUCAGCAUCAACUCCACUCGUCUCACUCAACUUUGGACAUUAUUAGGCCCGCUUAGUUUGUUUGUUGUUUUAGCGCGCUAGUUAGCUUAGCAUGCUAGUUAGCUUAGCUUGUUAGCUGCUAACAAAGAGACGCGGAUUUGAUCAACACAUUGCUUAGUUAAGAUCAAGUGUGAGUGUAAAGUGUUGUGAUUGUGUGAAAAUGUGCGAAAGAACGAUAGCAAAGUAUGAGGAGGAACUUUGUUGUGUGAAAAUGUGUGAAAGAACGAUAGCAGAGUACAAAGAGGAACUUUCUCGGACAAAAGAAGAGAACGAGAGACUACGUCAACUAUUGGAGGCUGUUUUCAAGAAACCUCAAGUUGUGUUACACAGAACAGACUUCAAUGAAGCACAUCGUCCUCGUGAGCAGGAGGAGGAACCACAGUCCCCCCACAUACACGAGGAAGAAGAGGUACCACAUUCCCAACACAUCAAAGAGGGAGGAGAGGAGCCACAACCCCCCCACAUUAAAGAGGAAGACGAGACGCCACAGACCCAUAAUGUUAAACUGACCCUUCACAUUAAAGGGCAAGUGGAGGACCCACUCAUCUUACACAUCAAAAAGGAAGAGGAGGACCUACUGACCCCUUACUUUAAGGAGCAAGAGAACCCGCUGACCCCCUAUUUUAAAAAGGAAGUGGAGGACCCACUAACCCCCUACAUUAAAGAGGAAGAGGAGGACCAAGAGCCGCCACACAUUAAAGAGGAAGAGGAGGAAGAGGGCAUCAGUCAGCCUAAAUGGUUGGAGGAGUUCCCAGUGACUGGUGUCCCUGUGAAGAGUGAAGAUGAUGAGGUGAAAGGUGAAAGUGAGGAGAGGGGAGGGGGGGAGCCUCCAAGCAGCAGCUCAACACAACACAUGACAACAGAAGCUGAUGGAGACCACUGUGGAGGAUCACAAGCAGACAAGCUCUUAGCUCCACUAUCAGAUAGUGAGGACACAACGUCACACUCUCCUGACACUGAUGAUGAAGACUCUAAAGAUGAUAAGACAUGUCACACUGACAACACUCACUUCACUUGUCCUCACUGUCACAAAACUUUUAAAGACCGUCGCAAUAUGAAAAGACACAUGAGAACACACACUGGAGAAAAAACUUUUUCUUGUUCACUCUGUAGUAAAGGUUUUACACAAAGUCACAAUUUGAAAGUACACAUGAGAACACACACUGGUGAAAAAACAUUUUCUUGUUCAAUCUGUGGUAAAAGUUUUGCACAAAGUCAGGAUUUGAAAAAACACUGGAGAACACACACUGGAGAAAAACCUUUUUCUUGUUCAAUCUGUGGUAAAGGUUUUGCACAAAGUCAGGAUUUGAAAGUACACAUGAGAACACACACUGGUGAAAAAGCUUUUUCCUGUUCAACCUGUGGUAAAGGUUUUACACAAAGUCAGAAUUUGAAAGCACACAAGAGAACACACACUGGUGAAAAAUCACAUUCCUGUUCAAUCUGCAACAGACGUUUUGGUGACCAACCAACCCUUGUAGCACACAUGAGAACACACAGUGGUAAAACAACUUUUUCUUGUUCAAUAUGUGGUAAAGGUUUUACACAAAGUCAGGAUUUGAAAGUACACAUGAGAACACACACUGGUGAAAAACCUUUUUCUUGUUCAACCUGUGGUAAAAGUUUUACACAAAGUCAAGAUGUGAAAGUACACAUGACAACACACACUGGUGAAAAAUCACAUUCCUGUUCAAUCUGCAACAGAAGCUUUGGUGAACGAUCAAGCCUUGUAGCACACAUGAGAAGACACCCAGGAGAGAAAGUGUUGAGUUGCAGUGUGUGUGGUGAAAGAUUGUCUUCUAAGUACCAGUGUAAGAAACACAAGUGUGCUGGUGAGAACAGCAGCAGCAAAUGAAACUGCAGGAUUUGAAAUAAACUGUCCAGACUUUCAUUUUGACUUUCUAACAACAUCAGUACAUAUAACAUGUUAUUGUUUGUGUAACAAUCUUUUUUAAUAUGCUUCUACAUUUAUAGAUGAGAUAGUUUGGAAUAUGGAAAUAUUACAUAUUUGUAUUUCUAAUUGUAAUAAUCCCAUAGAUUAGCCCCUAUUUAUUAUAUACAUAUGUACUGGUUCACAUCUGAAACAUCUUCUGGACCACUUCAGGAAGCAUAUUAUUAUUUACUUUUUACAUAAUUUGAACAGUUGUCUUUUAUACAAUUUUGAAAUGUUAAGUUUUAUUAAUCAUUUGUUGGGUCUCUAUAAUCCAUUGUAUUAAUUAUCUUUAUUACUGUCUUUUGUAAUAUGAUGAUUGUGUUGUGAUUGUUUUAUAUGUAUGUCCCCAGACCUUUAUGCAAUAUAAAAAAAUAGAUGAAAUGGCUGAAUUGUUUGUGGAAGGAUGAUUUUGUUUUUACUAACAUACAUUUGUGGAUAAAACACAAAUUUCAAUUAUUGUGUUUUAAAACAUUUUAAUGUUUUUUUUUGUUGUUAUUUUUUUAACAUCCUCCAAAACAAUAUCAAUAUCAUUCAAAGUUUGGAAUGUCAGGCAAAAGCCAAUUCUGUACAUCAUCCUACAGAGAUUUACUUGGCAUAAAUUCAUAGAGCUUUUCCGUUGGCGAGGGCAGAAAUUGGCGUUUUAUCCGAUUUUGAGUCACAAAUAUAUCAGAUUGUAAUCAGGGUGCCAAUGCUGGAUACUUUUAUGGACACUUUAUGGACGAUUUUAAAGUGAUCAAGGCGUAUUUGUUUGUCUAAAAGACAUAUCACCGACCGUCAGCGAGCUUGGUGUGUCUUUAGCCAGGUGGCUAGCUAGCCAGUCCCUUCCGCUAACCUCCAGCUCGCCUUGAACUUUAAAGUUUGCUAUUUUCGCCACAAUUUUAUCCACUUAGUUAAUCGCUUUUGAUGUUUGUGAGUUAACAACUGUUGUUUUGUCGAAGCUUGGUAUUUUAACAAUUUGCACAUUUGAAAUGCUGUGUCUAUAGGCCUCCUAGUGCUGAUGCUUUUGUAUCUGAAGGAGUUAUGUGAGAUGUUUGACAGGGAAUAGAGAAAUCUAUUUACUGGGUGAUAUGAAUGUUGACUAGCUGGGACAGGGGUGUACAAACACAAAUAAGAUACUAUCCAUUUUAAAUGCUUGCAAUUGUCAUGAUCUGUGGUCUAGAUCAUGUGUUGUUUAGUUAUGUUCUGUAAGUUUUGGACUCCAUUAGUUCCUGUAUUUGUGCACCCUUGUUUGUUUUAGUUACCAUGGCUACCUAUUAGGUUCACCUGCCUCGUGUGUCCGGUACGCACCUGCUCUAAUCAAGAAACUUUUAUUUAAGCCUGUCUCUGCCAGUUUGUCGGCCUGGUUUCAUUGUUUGCGUCACACCUUUUCCAAAUGUCGAAGAACAUAUUUUUCGUGAGCAGGAAGAGGAACCACAGUCCCCCCACAUUAAAGAGGAAGUUGAGACGCCACAGACCCAUAGUGUUAAACUGACCCUUCACAUUAAAGGGCAAGCGGAGGACCCACUGAACUUACACAUCAAAAAUAAAGAGGAGGACCCACUGACCCCUCACAUUAAACAGGAAGAGGAGGACCCACUGAACCCUCACAUUAAAGAGGAAGAGGAGGACCAAGAGCCGCCGCAGAUUAAAGAGGAAGAGGAGGAAAAGGGCAUCAGUCAGCCUAAAUGGUUGGAGGAGUUCCCAGUGACUGGUGUCCCUGUGAAGAGUGAAGAUGAUGAGGUGAAAGGUGAAAGUGAGGAGAGGGGAGGGGGGGAGCCUCCAAGCAGCAGCUCAACACAACACAUGACAACAGAAGCUGAUGGAGACCACUGUGGAGGAUCACAAGCAGACAAGCUCUUAGCUCCACUAUCAGAUAGUGAGGACACAACGUCACACUCUCCUGACACUGAUGAUGAAGACUCUAAAGAUGAUAAGACAUGUCACACUGACAACACUCACUUCACAUCUUCUCACUGUCACAAAACCUUUAAAUACCAUUGUAGUCUGAAAGUACACAUGAGAACACACACUGGAGAAAAACCUUUUUCUUGUUCACUCUGUAGUAAAGGUUUUGCACAAAGUCACGAUUUGAAAAGACACAUGAGAACACACACUGGAGAAAAACCUUUUUCUUGUUCAAUAUGUGGUAAAGGUUUUACACAACGUCAAAAUUUGAAAGUACACAUGAGAACACACUCUGGUGAAAAAAACGUUUCUUGUUCAAUCUGUGGUAAAGGUUUUGCACAAAGUAAUAAUUUGAAAAGACACAAGAGAACACACACUGGAGAAAAAGCUUUUUCCUGUUCGACCUGUGGUAAAGGUUUUACAAGAAGUACAUAUGCGAAAGUACACACGAGAACACACACUGGUGAAAAAUCACAUUCCUGUUCAAUCUGCAACAGAAGCUUUUGUUGACGAUCAACCCUUGUAGCACACAUGAGAAGACACCCAGGAGAGAAAGUGUUGAGUUGCAGUGUGUGUGGUGAAAGAUUGUCUUCUAAGUACCAGUGUAAGAAACACAAGUGUGCUGGUGAGAACAGCAGCAGCAAAUGAAACUGCAGGAUUUGAAAUAAACUGUCCAGACUUUCAUUUUGACUUUCUAACAACAUCAGCACAUAUAACAUGUGUGACAUUGUUGUUUGUCUAACAAUCUGUUCAAUAUGCUUCUACAUUUAUAGAUUAGACAGUUUGAAAUAUAAAAGUAUUACUUAUUUGUAGUUGUAAUUGUUGAUAAUCCCAUAGAUUAUCACCUUUAUAUGAUAUACAUAUGUACUGGUUCACAUCUGAAACAUCUUCUGGACCACUUCAGGAAGCAUAUUAUUAUUUACUUUAUACAUCAUUUGAACAGUUGUCUUUUAUACAAUUUUAAAAUGUGUGACUUUAUGAAUCAUUUGUUGGGUCUCUAUAAUCCAUUUUAUUAAUCAUCUUUACUACUCUCUUUUGUAAUAUGAUGAUUGUGUUGUGAUUUUUUUAUACUUUAACUUAAUAUGUAUGUACUUGUACGUUUAUGCAAUAAAAAGUGAGAGAAAAUGGC